AUGGCCGACGACGUGAGCGCGACUGGCAGUGGUGGGCCGCGCCAGAAUGUGGCGGUCUGUGUGCGUCUCCGCCCUUUGGAAGGCGAAGACGAUGCAGGCCUAUGGAAGUUGGAUAAAGAGCAAAAGAGUAUGAUGCCUACCGAGCAACACCCAUCGCUUGCACGUCGAUUGGGUGCUAGCAGUGCAAGCUCAAGCAGCAUGGGAGGCGACGAGGACGACGCAAAUAUGAAUGGACUCUCUACGUACGACUUCCGUUUUGAUACAUUGGUUCUUGGCCACGAAAGCACCAGUGUACUGUACGAUAAAAAUGUGUACCCCAUUGUGCGUGCUGCCAUGGAAGGGUACAAUGGUACUGUGUUUGCGUACGGCCAGACGGGGAGUGGUAAAACCUAUACGAUGACUGGUACAAAGAGAGAGCCAGGUGUGAUCCCUCGUGCUGUCAAGGAUGUGUUCUCGAUGAUUCGAGAGGAGCCGACGCGAGAGUACCUGCUUCGAGUUUCGUACCUUGAGAUCUACAACGAGACACUCCGGGAUUUGUUGAUCAAUGGCCAAAGUCAUGCGCGGCCGCCUCGGAUUCUCGAGGAGAAGGGGCGUGUCGUGUUGAGUGGCAUGCAUGAGGAGAUUGUUACAUCGCCCUUAGAAGUCAUGGCCUUGCUGGAAAAGGGCCAAGCUUCUCGACGUGUCGGGGCCACAGACUGGAACACACGCAGUAGCCGAAGCCACUGUGUGUUUCAAAUCACGAUCGAAAGCCGUGAACAAGAAGCAGUGGCCUCGGGCACGGCUUCGGCUGUGCGGGUGAGUCAGCUGAAUCUGAUCGAUUUGGCCGGCUCAGAGCGCGCAGCCUCGGAGCUGGCACGUCGUAAAGAGGGUGCCUUUAUUAACAAGUCCCUAUUGACGCUGGGCACUGUGAUUGCGAAGCUCACAGAGCCAAGUACAGCGCCCGAUGCACAUAUUCCGUACCGUGAUUCGAAGCUGACACGACUCUUGCAAACAUCGCUGAGCGGAGAUGCGCGUGUGGCCGUGAUUUGUACGGUGACGUCUUCCAAAGCACAAGCUCAAGAGACUUUAUCGACACUCAAGUUUGGACGGCGAUGCAAGAUGGUGGUCACCAAGGCACAGCGUCAGACCUUGGUCGACGAUAAAGCGCUGUUGGAAAAGUACCGUCAAGAAAUUGAAGCGCUCCGUCUUCGCUUGGCAUCUGCGUCCAUGUCGUCAAGCGGCGAAGAGGAAGAGGAAGAUCAGGAGAUCACGACGCCGCCACGCACGCCUGGGCCCUCUGAUUGGGAGCAAGAGCGUGCAGCGGCUGCGCGAGAAGUGGCCGAGAUGGAAGAGACGCGACAGGAUCUACGUCGUCAGAUUGAUCACCUUACACGACUUAUUCUGACCAGCCGCUCUGUCGCGGCCAUGACACCGACACGUCCUGUGUUGGAGCUGAGCAACGGCGAGUCGUUUGCAUCGCCGGUGCGACGUGGGCCACGGAUGAGUGACUUGCCGUCACGUGCAUGGCCAUUGACGACCGCCAGCGAGGCAGAGACGAUCUCCGAGUUGCGACAGCAGUUGUCAGACGUACAGACAGAGCGAGAGGCCGAGCGACACGUUCAUGAACGCACGAUCCAAGCGCUCGAAGCGGAAGUGCAAGAAUGGCGUGAUGCUGCACAGAUGGCCCAGAAACAGAAUCGCGGCACGGAGAAAGAGCUUGUGCGGCUGCGUGAAGAGCACGCGACAGAUGAAGCACAUCGGGAGUUCCGUGAGCUGGUAUCGACGCGAGGCAACACGCCUGAGCCGGCCAGUCCAAGCAAGGAAGCGAUGCACUUGCAAGCACGCAUUGGUGCUUUGGAACGGGCGCUAGCAGAAGAAAAGGCUAUGCGCGACUUGACGUCGCUGCCGGAGCGACCACGUGUAUCGCCGAUGCAAGCGCGAAGUGGCGUAGCGCCGCCGCAGGUACCGCUCCGUUCGAAAUCCAUCGACACGGGCGCAGUGGCCCUAGCAGCGUCAGCAUCGUCGGCCAUGGUGCCUGGCCCCUCAGAGGCGUCGGAACUGCAGUCCCUGCGUGCGGUGGUCGCGCAGCAGCAAACGCAUAUUCAUACCUUGACGGCCUGUGUCGAGAACUGGGAGAAGCGUGUGCGACAGCAAGCGACGAUGAUCGAGAAGCUCGCUUCGCUGGUCGCACAGAGCGAGGAAGACGAGGACAUGAGCGGGAGUGACGAUGCCAUGACCGGUCCUGCGACACCGACCGAGACACGCUCCCUUGCGUCGUCACAGCCUUCGGUCCGUGCGAGGGGAAGCACGUCAGGAACGAGCGUGGAGGCCAAGCCACGCUCCCGUCACAGUGGGAUCCUUCCGAGUGAUAUUGCCAAGGGCUAUGUCCAGCUUGGCAGCCUUACGUCUUCUGCUACGCCGCCUCGCGAGGGCGCUUCAGACAUCGUGCCGAGCUCCACACGCGUAGGGGAUGUGGCCAAGGCGUGGGAGCAGUCGCUCUCACCGGCCAGGGCACGCCCGUCGCUCAGCAAGAGUCGCUCUGUGGAAGGUUUGGUGUCCAUGUCCUCGUCGUCCAGCCUCGACAAGGCGCACCAGCUGUACGAGGCAGCGGGCAAUCGAUCCGAACAGAGUUUGUUGUUGCAGGACGAGGACGAAGAGGCCGAGAUGCCUCUUCCCACGUCUUUAUCGCAGCAAGCGAGCCCAGCCAAGGCCAACACGGACGCCGCGCCGCUGGUGCCGGAAGUGCAUGUGCCAGACGCCGUACGUCCCCAGGCGCGUACGGCGAUAACAGCGCCACGCGCCUUGCCUAGCGCGCCGAAACCCACACAGCCGCUACCUACACCCCCAGGCGGACGGACACGCACGCUGCCUACGCCGCCCAGCACGAACAAUGUCGCCGCCUUGCGUGCGUCGUUGCUGUCUGCGCCAAGCGGUGGCGACGCAGAGAAAGAGCGGACGGCAACGCGUGCCACGAACGAGCGUACACGGACGCGUAUGGCCGUGUGGGAUAAGCCGCCCAGCGCGCCGUUCAUGCCGGAUCCGUCCAGCAAGCGCGCAGCCCAAGCGGCGGUGGCCGCGAAUGCAGAGUCGCAUGCCAAGUUGCAAGCGCGGUUGGCCGCGUACCAUAUGGCGACGACGCAGCCGGCGCCACCACCACCACGCAGUGCGACAGCGCGUGUGUUGCCACUAAAGCCUGCGGCGUCGAUGAUGAACAUGUCGACGGCCGAGCGACGAGCGCACGAUAAAGCGCUCCUGCGUGAACUCAACGAUCUCAAGGCGAUGCCACGUGUGGAAAGCAGUCGUGUGAUGUACAUGCCAUCGCCGAUGUCCUCGGAUAUGACACACGAACGCCUCUCGGCGGCCGCGUACAAAACCGACGCGAGCGCCUACUAUAUCUAA